CUAACUAUCUAUUUUUAGUGCCUCUGUCACAAUAAACUGUCCAACUCAAUCAAACAACUCCAAAAUUGUAAAAAUCCUUUCUGCAGUGACGACACCAAAGGCAAUGAUACGAAAAGCUGGUUGAAGAUCAACCAUCAGACCCAACCCAUUUUUUACAUGAAGUCCAAGUGAAGUCCAGCAAAAUAGGUAGCAGAAGCAGAAGAUACAGUGCUAGAGGAAUCAUGACCAGACCCCCCAAUGAAAAUUUGCCCACUGUUAAAUUGGUAGUUGUUGGUGAUGGUGGUGUGGGCAAGAGUGCCAUCACCAUACAAUUCUUUCAAAAACUUUUUGUUACUGAUUAUGAUCCGACUAUAGAAGACAGUUAUAUUCAGCAUGUUGAAGUUGAUGGUCAAUGGUGUAUUCUUGAUGUUUUGGAUACAGCUGGUCAAGAAGAAUUUAGUGCCAUGAGAGAACAGUAUAUGAGAAAAGGAGAUGGUUUUUUAUUAGUUUAUUCUGUUACUGAUCGAAAUAGUUAUGAUAAUAUAAUACAUUUUCAUACACAAAUUUUAAGAGUAAAAGACAGAGAUGUUUAUCCAAUGUUAUUGGUUGCAAAUAAAGUGGAUUUAGUUCAUUUACGUAAAGUAAGUGAAGAACAAGGAAGGGAGCUUGCUCACAAACUUGGUAUUCCAUACAUUGAAACAAGUGCUAAAGAUCCACCAUUAAAUAUUGAUGCCACUUUUCAUGAGGUGGUACGUAUUGUCCGCAAUCAACCUCAGGGAGAUGACAAACGAAAAAGGAAGAAGUUACAAAAGCUUGGCAAAUGUGUUCUGCUUUAAAUAAUCGAAAGUUUUCACAUUUUUUUCUUUUCCAAUUAGGUUUAAUUGGUAAACUUUAUUGUCAGUUAGAAGUUAAAUGAUAUGGUUAUGGAAAGGGAAAGAAGCUUUGCAUAAAAAAUAUAUAAAAUUUAAUGAGGUAUUAGCUUUUGAUGUGUAAAUGUGAAAGUAAUUUUCUAGUGGUUGAAGUUUGUGUUUUUGUCUUUAGAAUUGUAAAUGGUUUUAAUGUUGAUUGGCUUAUGACAUUCUAAAUUCUAUAAUGAGCAUCAAAAACGUUGUUAAUUACUUAAAGUAAGAACUUUAAAUUAAAAUAUUGAAAUGUUUAGCAAGUACGAGAAAAUAUUCUCAGCAUAAUAGAAAAUUACUUUCUUAAAACACUGAUGGUGUGUUUGCAGGAGCCAAAGAAAUAGACAUUUUGCACAACGGACCAAAGUUGCUCACUUAAAAAAGGCUUAGUCAAAAGAGUUGUUGUUUAAACAAACGUAAAGAAUUUUUUACAAAGUUUUUUUUUACAUAAAGCAAUGUUGUUCAUUUUUAUACAACUUCUUUUAUAGCAAAAGCGUUUUAUUCUUUUAUAAUCAUCAAAUUCUUACUUGGGGUCUAUUUUAUCUGUGAUUUGAAAAUAACCAAAAAUUUUGUUUUUGCAAUUUAUUCUCUGUUUUCAUAAUUUUAUAUUAAGUAUAUGUUAUUGUUUAUAUGUUUACAUCUUUAUUAAACGUAAUAAGCUUUAAAAAGAAAUAACAAUCAAGACAACAGAAAAGUGUGACAAAAAUAAUCUAUAUACUUUGUGCAAUUUCGACUGUGCAUGUCGUUUAUUUACGACAUUUUUAUAUACUUACUUUUUUGAUACAAAUUCUUAGUUUUUAAAUUUCAAUGUUAUGUGCAUGACGUGUAAUUAUUAAAAAUACAAUUAAAUA